AUGAAUUUUCAAAUUAUAUUCUAUUUUACUUUUUGUCUUGCUGCAUCUAAUGUCUGGGAUAUUAAAUUACCAUCCUAGAUGUAGGUACUAGAAAAAUUAAGAGAAAGUCGAUAUGAUAGAAGACUUGAGGAUGUUUAGAAUUAAUGGGAACCUAUUAGAAUAAAUUUUGAAUACUUAGAUCCUGCAUAAGAAAAUAUCUAAACAAAUACAGUGUUAAAUAUAGUUAAGACAUUUUUUGGAAGACAUUUAUUAGUGAAAAGACAAACAGGAAGUUUAGAAUGGAAAUCUAGUUAUGAAACUGAUUGGGGACUAAUAUAAGUACCUACUACGCUAUAGAAAAGUUAUGAUGCUGAUUUAGUAAUCUAAUAGACUAUUAUUAGGUUUUUUUUGUUGGACAAGAGACAAAUUCCGAAGUAGAAUAUAUUGCAAGAGCUGCACCUGUGAUUUUUUAAGAAAAAACAGGAAGACCAAUUUUUGGAUUAAUGAUAUUAAAUAAUCAUUAUAUGAAUGAAUAUUAGGUAUAAAUAGAAUGAAUAUUUUUAGGGAACUGAUGCAAAAUUUGAGGCUGCUGUUUAAAUAGUAAUACAUGAAUCAAUACAUGGUUUAGGAUUUGUUGACAAUCUCUAUCCUUAUUAUUAUAAUAGUACAUCUAAUUAGAAAUAUAAUUUUACUGUUUAUUAAAGAGUGAAUCAACAGAUAGACUUGCCAACUCCAAGAUUGAAAUAGUUGGUUGAAAAUCAUUUUUGUUGCUCUAAUUUAUUGGGGGGAACUGUAUUUAUAAUCAAGUUAAUAAUUAGAUGGAAGAUUAAAGUGGAAGUGGAACAGCUGGAUCACAUUUUGAAAGAUCUAUCUUUCAAAAUGAUCUAAUGACAGGUUCAAUAUUGACAGGUGAUUCUCUAUUUACAGAAUUUACAUUUGCCCUCUUAGAGGAUACAGGGUAUUAAAUACAUAAAUAAAUUUUAGAUUUUAUAGAGUAACUAAACAUGUUUCUGAUGUGUUAUUAUGGGGAUUGGAUAAAGGAUGUGAUUUUUAUUAGUACUAAUGUUAUUCAGAUACUUAAUAUGAAGAGUUCUGUUCAGAUCCAUAUAAUCCAGACGACUCAGAUGAUAGCCCAUUUGAUCAUUUAUCUUGUUCAUAUGCUCAAACAGGAAUAGGAUUUUGUGUAAAUGAUGGACUUGUUGAAUGUCCAUAUUAUGCUGUCAUUCCUUAAUUUGACUGCAGAGAUGCUUCAAAUUAUAAUGCAACGUUAUUUGAUGGAUCUAAUUUCCAUUUUGGAUAUGAUAGUAUGUGUGUUAGAGGUGGUUUAACAAAAAAAGGAAAAUAUUUGUAUCUUGGAUUUAGUUGCUUCAAAUAUUCUUGUGAUGAAGAUGAUUAGUUAACCAUUAUAGUUGAUGGAGUUCAAUAUGAUUGUAGUAGCGGAGGUUCAUCACCAAGUUUUGAUACUAAUAAAUAUUAAUAUGGAUUUCUUUGUCCAGAUAAUCCUGAAUAAAUCUGUUAAUCAAAUAAUGAAUGUCCAAAAUAAUGUAAUAAGAAGGGAUUUUGUUUAGGAGGAGUGGUAUAUAAGAUUAAAUUAAUAGAUUAGUGUACUUGUAUACCUGGUUAUUCAGGAAGAGGAUGUGAAAAUCUUUGUUAUACAUUUAGAGAUGGAAUUGAUUGUGUUUAGAGUUGUCCAGCAAAUACAUUCUCAAAUGAACAAACAAUGUAUUGUAUUGGUUGUCCUGCUAAUUGCUCUACAUGUUCAGCUAAAGAUGAAUGCACAGAAUGUGAAGAAAACUUUGAAUUAGUUGGAGGAUUUUGUGAACCAUUACCAACAUAUACUUUAAUGUUAGUCACAUCUAUAAUCGCUUUAUUUUUAGCUUUAUGA